GUACGGGCGGCUGUCAAAAUAUAUGCGCAUUUAUCGCUUAUAAUUACUGCAAGUUUAAUUAUAAAUUCUAUUCCCAGGCAUUAUACAAUAACAAUUAUAUAUUUCAACAAUUGGAAAAUCGAUUAUUCCGCAUAAAACAAGUGAAAAUAGUGAAAGUAUUGGGUGAUAACUUAUCAACCCAUUAUUGUAUGCGGGUGAUAAAAUUAUAAAAAUUUUGUCUUUUUUAGCACGCGAAGAUAGUGAAAAUAAUUUUUUUUUUCAAAAAGUGCUAAUGUAAGCAAGAAGUAAAUGUAACAAUAGUAAUAAUACUUGACAAUCGUCAAUUUCAUGGAUUUAUCAUCUAAUCAAGAGUCUUUGACACGUCUUCGAAAAUAAUUAAAUGUGUUGAAAUCGUUGAAAAAUAACGAGUUCAUUAUACUUAUAUUAUUGCAUUACGUAUAAUACAAUGUCAAGGAAAUUUGCAGCAGGUGCAGGGUUAUCGUCAAUUGUGUUUGAGUGGAAAUAACGAUGGUGGUGGCAGUUGAGAUAAGGGGGACUGAGUGCACGUCAACGAGAAUUCGCAAAUCAGUUUCUUUCAAUUCGCUUUGAGGGUAAACAGUAUCUUCAGGAAUCCAGAAAUUCAUUUUUCAUCACAGAAUAAAUUCUUUAUAUUAUCCAAAGAGAAACCAAUCAUGAUAAAAGGAUACGCACCAAUUACGCAAACCCUCUUGGGUACCUUAUUUACCUGGGGUUUAACAGCAUUAGGUGCUGCCUUAGUCAUUUUCAUUAGGGGAAAACACCGUAAACUUCUGGAUUCCAGUCUUGGAUUUGCCGCUGGCGUUAUGAUAGCAGCAAGUUAUUGGUCACUAUUGUCACCGGCAAUUGAAAUGGCAAAAGAGAGCAAAUUAUAUGGAGCCGAGGGAGAAUUUGCAUUUGUACCUGUUGGCAUUGGAUUUCUUCUUGGCGCUGCAUUUGUUUAUGGAACGGACGUGUUGAUAUCCACCCUUGGCAUUCAGUCCCCCAAUGUGCUAUUAGCAAUGCAAUCAGUCGGUACGAAACAAAGAAGCAAGACUCUUGCAAAACUAAAGAGUGACGAGGACUUAGACGAUAACCAUCUAGUUAGUGAAAAGCAAAAUUCUGGCCGCAAUAAGUACUCGCAUAAUGAAUCGACCACAAUCGAUGGGUUUUAUGAACAGAGUACAAGAAGAAGACCAACGAGUGGAAUUCAAAGACCAACGGAAUCGGGAGAAAUUGGAACAAUCUACGAGGAUCCUGGAAAUGAAUCAAAAAAUAAUCAAUGGCGAAGAAUAUUGCUCUUGGUCAUUGCAAUCACCGUUCACAAUAUUCCUGAAGGUCUUGCCGUAGGUGUUGGUUUUGGAGCAAUUGGAAGCAGUGUUUCGGCAACAUUCGAAAGUGCAAGAAAUUUAGCAAUUGGCAUUGGCAUACAAAAUUUCCCCGAAGGUUUAGCAGUGUCGUUGCCCCUGCAGGCGUCGGGUGUGAGCACAUUAAAAAGCUUUUGGUACGGCCAAUUGUCAGGGAUGGUGGAACCCAUUGCCGGUAUCCUUGGGGCUGUUGGAGUCUCACUCGCCGCCCCUACAUUGCCUUAUGCAUUGGCUUUCGCCGCAGGUGCUAUGAUUUACGUUGUUAUCGAUGACAUCAUUCCGGAAGCACAACAAAGUGGAAAUGGCAAACUUGCAAGUUGGAGUUCAGUCGUUGGAUUUCUCGUGAUGAUGUCUCUCGACGUUGGAUUAGGCUAAGAAUAAAUUUUUUUUUUUUCUAAGAAAAAAUUCAUUUUGUAUACGAUCGUAGAUAUGUUAUUUCAGUCAACUGGAUAGCAAAAGAAAAAAAAAUGAACGAAAGAAAAAAAAAUAAUGAUAACGAUGUCGACUGAUAGAAUAUAAAGUUCAAUUCCGAUAUCAGUAUUUGUUUGCGUGUUGAGUUGAAAGAAUGAAUCGCGCGACAUUUUUUUUUUUUUUUUUUGACGAAAUUAAUCUUAGAAACUUUUUCAACAAAGGAACAUAAAAAUAAGUCUUAAUUUUCAUUCUUUCAAAAGUAGAUAAAUUUUUUCAUUCAUACACAAAUGAAAUGCAGUUACUGCAGGAUUUUUAAUUUUCCUCUUUCUGAUGUGCAGAGUCAAGAUCAUUGACAAACACAUUUGUUUUUGUAGUGAAAAAGAAAAAUAUUUUCUUCUUAAGAAAAAGCUUUUUUUUAGUUGAAUAGCGAAAUAUUAUUUUUAAUCAUAGCAACAUAUUUUUAUAAAUAUUUAAAUUCCAAAAUAUUUUGAUAGUAAAAUAUUUUUGCAAAAAAUAUUUAGUAAAAUCUUACUUAGAUAACUUAGAUACUUAGAUUACUUAGAUUACUUUUUUCUUUUUUUAGAAAGAAAAAUGUUUUGAUAGCAAAGUAUUAUGAUAGCAAAAUACUUUGAUAGUACUUUACUUAAAUAGAAAAAUAUUUUGAUAAAAAAGUAUUUUGAUUAAAAAAAUAUUUUGUUAGCAAAGUAUUUAUGUAGAAAAAUAUUUCGAUAACAAAGUAAUUUGGUAGCUAAAUAAUUUUAUAGUAAAUUAUUUUAAAAGUAAAUUACUUAAAUAGCAAAAUAAUUCUAUGACAAAGUAUUUUGUUAAAAAAAAAAUUUCGAUAUUAAAUUACUUCAAUACAAAAAUAAUUUAAUAAAAAAGUAUUUUGAUAGCAAAGUAUUUAGAUAGCAAAAUAUUUCUUUCACAAAGUAUUUCUAUGACAAAGUAUUUUGUUAGCAAAGUAUUUAGAUAGCAAAAUAUUUCUAUGACAAAGUAUUUUUUUUUCAAAAUAUUUCGAUAUUAAAUUACUUGAAUAGAAAAAUAAUUUAAUAAAAAAGUAUUUUGAUAGCAAAGUAUUGAGAUAGCAAAAUAUUUCUAUGACAAAGUAUUUUGUUAGCAAAGUAUUUAAAUAGCAAAAUAUUUAAAUAGUAAAAUAUUUUUAUGACAAAGUAUUUUGAUAGCAAACUAUUUUGAUAGCAAAGUAUUUAGGUAGCAAAAUAUUUUGAUAACGUAAUAUUUUUUUAGCAAAGUAUUUAUGUAGCAUAAUAUUUUGAUAGCAAAAAUAUUUUUCAGUAAAUUACAUUAACAGCAAAAUAUUUGGUGGCAAAAUACUUUAGUAUAAAAAUAUUUUGAUAGCAAAUGUUUACUACUAAAGAAAAACAGUUUUUAUUGCUAGUUAACUAUCUAUUUUAAAUAAAACAAAAAAAAAGUAAAUACUUUUAUUUUUAAAAUUACUAUUAGGAGAACAUUUUAUCGUUUAAUUUUCAAAGAAUCGAAAACUACCAAAUUAGAAAUCUAGUUUAUAAAUUUUGCCCUUAUUCCAAAUUUAUUAUCCAAAAAAUAUACUUUUAUUUAAGAAAAAUAUAACUAAAAUUCAAUUUAAUAAUUUUUUAUAAUAAUUUAAUAUUUUUUUUAAUAAUUUCAACAUUUUUGCCAAAAAAAAUUUAUUUUGUGAAAAAGAAAAAUAUUGUGAAAUAAAGACCAAAUAUAAAAUAAUAAUAGUUUAUGAAUAGAAUAUUUCUGAGUUGAAAUAAAUAAUUUUGUAGUUGUUUUUGUUGUGAUUGUUAAUAUUCCUAAGUGCUAGUUUAUUUUUGAGUGCGGUAGAAAUAUAUUUUAUUUAUAGAAAAUGCUCAAUGAUUAUUAUUGGAGAAGUAAUCUUGACGCUGCACAUUUAUCAUAUUGGAGUGUGUAAAAUGUACACGGUUGAUAUAUAAGCAAUUUUGACAAGAACUGGUCUGUACUUAAUAAGUAUUUCUACUCAUUUGCAAUUACAAAAUACAAAUGUCAAAUAAAAUAAAGAAAUUAUGCUCGUCCAUCGUGUUCAGUUUUCAAUAAGCGCUGCGCAGAAAAUAAAAAUAUAAUUCAAAGUGAAAAAUUGAAAAUUUUGAAUCAUCGCUUUUCUUUGGACGAGUGUAUAUUUACACUGAAGGAAAUUAAUUAUUUUAUUUUGUAGUUUUAAACAUUGUUGAAAAUUUUCUCAAAAAUAAACAAAAACAAAAUAUUAAAUAAAUAAACAAAUGAAUAAAGUAGAAAUAAAAUAAUAUACUAAGAAUAAAAUGAAAAUAAAAUAAUAAGAAUAAAAAUAAAAAAUUAAAUAAGAAAAUUUAAAAUAGAAAAAAAUAAAAAUUCCCCCAAAAAUAGAGAACUUGAAACGUAAACAACAUAAAACGUUACUGUAGAAAUUUUAUAACAAAAAAAUGAUUUAGGUAGCAAAAUAUUUUAAUAGCAAAGUAUUUUGAUGGUAAAAUAAUUUGAUAGUAAAUUCCUUUAUUUAUUUUUGUUUUUAAUAUAAAAUCAAAUGUAGGCUUUAAAAUUAAAAAACUUACUUUACGUUUUAAAAUUAUCAACUUUUAUCAAAAUAGUGCAAAGAAAUUAUAAAUAAAAAAAUGAAUAACAAAAAAUAGAUAAAAUUAAUUUCCUUCAGUGCUUUUUUAUAGCAACAUGUUAGAAAUCAAAAGUGCAAUUUACGAGUUUGAAAAAAUUUGUCAAUAUUAAUCUUCCACUUUUUACAGAGAAUUUUUGAAUGAAAAAAAAACUUGCCAACCAUAAAAGCUUUUGCAAUCACAAGCGCAAAAGCAUUUCUAAUAUAGAUACAAUUUAAUUUUUGAAUUAUGUUUUUAGAAAUAUUCUUCACCAAAAAAAGCAUAAUUUAAAAACUUGAAUAAAAAUAAUAGAAAAAAUUGGUUUAUAUUAAACCAAUUUUCAGGGUAAUCACAGAUG